CUUCACAAGACCUAUUUCGUCUUGGUUGAAAAUGUCGUCCCCUUCAGAGGAGCUACUGGCUCUCGGGACCCCAAUGCUGGCGCGAUUCCCAUUCUCCUCUGACAAGAAAAGUUUCAAUCACGGUGGCUGGGGGGCAUAUCCAAACAUUGUUCGAGAUGCUACGCGCCAAUUUCAGGCGCAAUUUGAAUCCCACCCAGACAUAUUCGUCCGUUUCAGCCAACCAGCAAUACAUACUGAAGCCCAGGAGAAUGUUGCGAAGGUGUGUGGAGUGAGCAGCAAUGACUGCGUGUUUGUCAAAAACACAACCACUGGAGCAGCCACGGUUUUGCACAACCUCGAUUACGCUGAAGGCGAUGUGAUUGUGUAUUUCUCCACUACCUACGGAGCCUUCCAAAAGAUGAUCACCCACUUGACAGAAAUAACCCCUGUCCAAGGCUGGAAGAUAGAAUAUGAACUCCCUAUUUCCUACGAGGAGCUGGUGAGGAAGUUCACAGACGCCAUUCAACAAAUCAGGUCUCAAGGCCGCAAUCCACGCAUUGCCAUCUUCGAGAUGGUUGUCAGCAUCCCGGCAUUCAGGUUCCCCUUUGAAAAGCUCAGUGAAGUCUGUAGGAGCGAGAAUAUCCUGAGUCUGAUCGAUGGGGCCCAUGGACUUGGCGCGAUCCCUAUCGACCUAAAGCAAUUGCGACCGGACUUUUUUGUUGGAGAGUGUCACAAGUGGUUGUAUGUGCCGCGCAGCUGUGCCGUCCUCUAUGUUAACCCAGCCCACCAGCAUCUAAUGCACACUACAAUUCCAACGUCUUGGGGCUAUAUCAACACGGAUGGGUCGCAGGUCCUCCUUCCAUGGAGUAUCAGCACCGAAAGCACCACCAAUUCGAAGUUCCAGACGCUUUUUAGAUACGUUUCCACCCAUGAUAGUACACCCAUCUUGUGUAUCCCGACAGCUGUCGGAUUCCGCCAACAAUGUGGAGGGGAGGCACGUAUCUAUCAGUAUCUCGAAACCCUCGCCAACGAAGGCGCUGAUAUUAUUGCAACGACACUGGCCACGGAGGUGUUGCAAGAACCAAACCUGAAGCCAGGUGAAGUUUCCCAAUACCGGCGCUGCGCAUUGGCCACGGUGCGACUGCCACUGGCGAUUGAUGGGUAUGACUGCAAAGAAAGCUCACCCUAUGCAGCACUGUCACCGACAGAAGUCCGGGACACCAUCAAUUAUUUCGGGGAGAGAUUAGCGAACGACUAUGGGACUUGGAUUCCUAUAUUUCCUUACGGAGGUUGGCUUUGGGUACGAUUGAGCGCGCAGAUUUACUUGGAGCGAAAAGACUUUGAAUUGCUAGCAGUCUGGCUGAAAGCAUUGUGCGAAGAGGUGGGGACCAGGCAGCCUAGGACUCGGUCCGGGCCAAGUCUGAAAUUCUAA